AUGAGCCCCUAUGAUUCCGAAAGUGGUAGAUGGUCCGCACCGGGCCACCGCAUAUCAGAUGCACAAAACGCAUCCGACACAAUUGGCUCAGCUCCGCCGCCUUUCGAAGCAGAGCCUCCGAUGAGAGUUGGAUCGCAAUUCCCAGUACAGGCCCGGUUGCCGAAUACCAUCCGGCAAGGGCCAGAAUAUGAGUGUUACAAAAGCAUUGUUCAAUUGUCUCGAAAGCAGAAAUUUUGGAUGAUGACCAAAAAGCAAGGAUUCAUCGGCGAAGAUCGGAAGCUCAAAAUGGGCGGCGACGAGGACGAAGCGAAAGAUGUGUUGAAGAGACAGGAGUCUAUAGAUAUGAUACAUGUUCAUAUUGGUAAGAGAUGGGAAUAUGGAGACGGGAGAUUGAAAAAUAUGCUGCAGCUCGAAGCGAAGGUACCUACCAUCGUCGCAGAAUCAGCCUCAGACCUUCGCCAUUCCUUUUCAAACUCAUUUAUGGCAAUACCACCGCCGGUUCCAGCGGCCUCGGAACCACCCUUCGGGACCUAUCACCACCAUGAUGUGGCUGCCAGCCUCGUCCCUGAAAGUCCUUACUUUCAUACCAUAGUCAAAUCAGUUCAAACAAAUUCCUUAGCGUGCCUGAACGAAGCAAGUUUUCUGCCGUAUAAUAUUUCAGCCGGCCACUCUACUGCCAACAGUUCGAGCAUAAACCAUGCGACGAGACUCCAUGGGUACAGCUCAAACAGUUACGCAGGACAACACUACUCGAGAAAUAUAUACCAAGAUGACCGAGCUACUAGUUCGUCGGUGAACGAUUCAACAACAAUGAAAGGCCAGCCCACUCCAGUCCCGAGGUUUGCCGGACAACAUGGCUACCUGACGUCAAUCUCGCAAGUAGUAUCAGCUUAUCUCGAAGGAGGUUAUCGCAGUUUCCAAGACUCGACUUGCUUGAACGAGGCAAACUUCGGACUACCUCUGGAUGACGAAGAGUAUGGAGUAUCGGGGUUCUCUGAAUUUGGUAUUUGCAGCAACGAGAUGUUGCAACCAUCGCUGCCUGAACUCCAUGAGAAUUCAUAUCAUGCGCCUAUAUCUACUUAUAUAUCUCAAGAGGUCUAUGUACCACUUGGCAGUACACAAGGAUCAUUCAUGAAUCAGGCCUGGCACGCACCAAAUCCAGUUCAUAGUAUCCCACGAGCAAAUCCAACGCACCGCCAUACCAGCGACGAGCUACGAGGAGUGGCUGAUGCGCAACGAGACUUUUUUUUCUUUUUCUUGGUACAAUGACAGAAUGUCGGGUGUAUGAUUGUGAUUGCUUGGUCUGCCUAGCGACCCCUUCAUAACCAUCAUUCAAAGCUCGCAGUUCGAUGGCAAUAAGACGAUAGUUGGGGUUAAGCGACAAGCCUUCCUAUAUAUUAACUCUACUUUUGCAUUGGUAUCUGUGAGACAGGAUACAAUGCGAGAGCUAGUCCUGGCAGCCGGUGAUGAGACGGGGCCGACUGAAAUGUAAGUUACAAGACCUCCAGCGAUACAUGGCGUUGAGCUAGUCUAAAGGAGAAAGGAAAGGAAAUCCCAUAAAAAUGACCAACGAGCAGAAAGUGUCUUUGAUAUAGAUAGCAUAAUACACAACCAUGUUAUGAGCAAAGAAACGGUGGUUAUUAAUUGAUUAGUUCAGAAAUAUCAAAUAUGAGAGUGGUGAGGUAAAGACCAUCAUUAAGAAGGGGGGCAAUCGGCAAGUUAGCAGCUGCGAGGCAAUGGAAGAAUGGCGCGGCCACUGGCA